UAGUAAGUGACUGACAGUGCUCUAGACUGGACUGGUCCCUGAGUACAGAGACUGAGUUGCAAUUGAGUGAAGAAUAAACGACAAGAUCUUGAAGAACCGCACUAAGGUGCAAGCCAGGUUCAACACUCCAGUGUUGUUGAACUGACAAGUUGCUAAAGGACACUGUUACGGACUGAUUGUUGCUUAUUGCUUUCCUCUCUCUGUCAUUGUUGCUUUUUGUUGUUACAUUGCUGUGUGUUGUCUUUCUAAGGCCAGAUGUUCUCCGAUAAUUCACACUGCCCUGAUUGUGGGCAGCAGUGGUUCCCUAGCUUAGAGCUAGGGCACUGGUUGUACCAAACUGAACUUGUUGAAAAUGAGUGUUACCAAGUGUUCUUAGACCGCAUUAACAGGGCUGACUAUUGCCCUGAAUGUUACCCUGACAAUCCUGCUAACAGAAGCCUUGUUCUGCCUUGGUCUUUCCCACUUGAGUGGGCACCUCAGAAUCUCACCAGGUGGACCUUUGAAAAAGCUUGCCAUCCAUUUCUUCUGGGUCCUCCACUGGUUAGAAAAAAGAUACAUGACUCCAGGGUAGCUGGUUUUAAUCCUGCGUUACAAUUAAUCUUGACCAGAACAGACAAAACCUUAAACAAGAAACUUGGCCAAAGCAAAUGACUUCUGUAACAGAAUCAUGGAGACUCUCAAGGGCUUUGUGUUUGUAGCCUAGAGGAGAAGAAGAAUUAACCUAUUUCUGUUUUCCUUCUCUUUUUCUUUAAUUUUUUUUAAGGUGCUGGGGAUUGAAUCUGGGUGCCUUGUGCAUGCUAGGCAAGUGCUCUUCACUAAGUUAAGACCAAGGCUCCCCCUUUAUACGACUGACUCAGACUGCUGUCGCUACUCUGUCAACUGCUUAAAUUGUUGGGUCUGCUUCUGUGGUCUAUGCAUAUUUUAGCAUAAAUUUAGUUGAUAUUGCAGCCAGAGUAUUUACCUAGAACCAUACUAACCUAUAGCCCCUAUAAAUGCUUUAGAACUACCCGGCCCCUCUUGAAAAUCGCCACAACCUAAGUAUUGACAAGAUAAUGUGGUCCUAGAGGGGAGGCCCUGUGUUGUAUGCCCCAUUAACUGUUUUUCUAUCAGUACCUGUUAUGAGAACAUGUUCUUGUAGCUGGAUUCUAGAUUCUAAUAAAUUUUAAUACACUA